ACAUUCUUUGUCAGUUACCUUUUGCUUUUGGGGGCGUUCCCGAUGGAGGAUAAGACCCUCUGGUGAUGCUUCCACUCCACACAGUUUUCCUGGAUUUUAAUUGAAGCCCACAUUCCAGAAGUUGGAUUUCCUCGAUUUUUUUCCGUCUAGUGGAGUUCAUCACGUCGAAAAGUCAGGAUACUGUUGCAAUUGUCUGUCACCAAUGCUGAGGUUUGACUCUUAUCAGAUCCUUUUUCAUUUGUCUUUCAGUUCUGUGGUCGUUCCUGGCGGACGAUAAGGCCCUCCGGCGAUGCUUUGAUAACUCAGCAGUUUUCCUGGACUAUAUUUAAACCCAACACUCCGGGGUUUCUAUUUCCUCGAUUUUUUCCACUCCUGCGGUUUAGUUAUCAGCUUUCAUCGUUGAUUUUUUUUCUCCUAUCGGUUUUUGUUCUUGUUGCUCUUUCGUGAAUGCUCUACGAUGGUAAAUAAGAACUGUGGGAGUGGAGGCAUUCAUGCCGGGAGGGUGUAAUUACGAGGCCUUGUGCAAUCGGUCAAGAUUGAAUUCAAUGCUUCAUGAGGAUUUUAUUGCACUUGGGGCACACCUCUGGGGAUUUUUCACAAUUCUGUUAGAAAAUUACUGGAUAAAUUUCAGGUUAAAAAUCUUGAAAAUGGAAUCUUUCAGUUGUAUUUUUCCAGCAGAAAUUUUGGUUCCAUUUCAAAGACUAUUGACUGAACUGCUGGUGUUUACUUGCACACGUGCGAGGGCCCUGAACCCCUCUCUGUGCGCCAAUGUACCACCCUCAUUGCCAACAAGGGUGUACCAAGCGCUUUCUACAAAUCAAUACUCGAGCUUCUAAUACAUUCGAUUGUUAAUUCAUCGUGCACUCCAUGAAUAGUCCUUUCUCCUAAAUUAUUACGUUUAAUUGACAAAAAUAUAGUGGGAUUUUCUGAGAUAAAAAAUUUGGAGUCAAUAGAACAGUUUAUUUUAUUGAAAUUAAUUGAGAAAAAUUUUUUUUCUCGCCGAAUGAUAUUAUGAGAAUAGAUGUUAGAAGUGUUUAGGGGAGAAUUGCAAAUUUGGAGGAAUCGCGCGAAUAAAUGUAUUUUGGGGCGCAAGAAUAAUAUUGUUACGUCCCUGUGGCUCUCCCACUAUGUUCCACCGCGUGAAUUGACGAUCGCCAUAUCGCUCACUCGUCUCGCUUUGUUAUUUCUGAUAUUUAACAAACUGGAGCUUCUUAAUCACUUUAAAAUUAUUGUAUAUCCUGAGAUUAGUGUUCUGUGGUACUCUGACAUGGGUUAUCUGAUGUAAAAUGAGUGAAAAUAAGCACAACUAACGUUUCAGACAGUGAAGUAAUUCAAUUAUCGUAAUGGAGGACAAAAAAACAGAAGGGCGUUGUAAAAAAAUUAAAAAACUGAAUAAAAGUAAAAUUGUGGCUGAAGCGGUUGAAUCUGAAAUUGAGGACAAUCCAGAAGACCAUUUAGAGGAAAGGAUUGAGAUCGCAGACGAAGCAAAGAUAGACGCAGAGACCCCCCGCAAUUCACCUACAAAAAAGCCGAAACUCCUUCAUUCGCCAAAAUACGAGCCAACAAGAUUGGAAGACAGCGUUAGCCAAGUUCUCCAACGUUUCAAGCGUGGCUGCGAAUGCCAAGACGACCAGUGCUUCAAAGGACUGAAUCCAGAGGCUGUUUAUCGUCACCGACUGAACAUCGCCGAGUUGACAAAAGCCGAGCACGAUAUGUAUCUGAUGGGAGUGACAAUGGCCUGUCUCACCGAUCCCCAUCAAACAGCUAGGCACACAGAGAGACGUAGACUUCGUGCACAAUACGUUUAUCAGGGCCGUCGUGUAUGUUUGGAUGCAUUUCUGUACUUGGAGAAUGUGACACACUAUCAGAUUAAACGAAUAAGAAAACACUUAAUUACCCAGGGAGUCACUCCUCGAGUUCAUGGGAAUCAUGGAAAAAUUCCCCACAAUACAUUCUCCCUCGAUAUCUAUAAAAUAGCUACGGAAUUCCUGAAGAACUUUUUAAAGGAACAGGAAACCAAGCAGAAGACAAAGGCUGUGAAGAAUGCACCACUACAUCUUCCCCCAGAGAUAUCAAGGAAAACUGUUCACGAUUUGUACAAGGAGUACUGCAAGAAACUCUUGCCAUCGAUAAAGUCCAUGGGCUACUCGACAUUUCGAAGAUUUAUGAAAGUUCAAUUUCCUCAGGUGAAAUUCGCCAAAUUGGAAUUCAUCGUUAGAACACCUGCUGCUACGAAUCAGGGAAAGGUAGAGGAGGUCGUUGAGGACAGGAGUGAGCCGUUACAUUUGGUGACUGAGACAGAGCUGGUGCCUAUUGUCAUUGCUUCAGGUGGCAUCGAGCAGAGCAGCAAUACUUAUUUUAUCACACCAGUUAGCAAGUUGCCGGAGGGAAUCAGUUAUCAGUUGACUACCAGUGGGUUAAUAGUUAACAAAUCAGGCCUACCGGUCACUGUGACAAAUAUUAGUACUGUCUAAUUCUUUUGUUUGACAGUAUUUUAAUUAUUAUUGAAGUGGUGGACGAUGUGCUGUGCUAUAAGUGAAGGUGCCACCCAACCAAUAUGAAUUAUUUUGGUAAGAAACACCUUUUGGAUGAAACAGAUACGGAAGUACGUCAAUAUAAAAAAAUCUCACUAGGUCAAACUUGCCGGUCACUGUGAGUAAUAUUAGUGUUCUAUUAGAGAAAGAAUAUUCAUUUGGAAUAAGUGAUUGUUUUGUUUGAUUGAUUAUAUUUAUUAUUACGGAAGAAGUUAUAUUGUAAAGGAAGGUGUCCAUUUUUUGAUAAAAUGCCCAGAGGCCUUUUAUAAUAUUUUUUUUCAUUAUAUCCUAUUGAAUAAAUUAUGUUCUGAAAAGAUGAAACAUUAUAGAUGAA